AUAUGUUCAGCAUGACAAUGAGUGGCAAGGAGUGGAAUGACAGCUAAACAGACUGUAACCAGACUAUAAAUGAGUGGCUACAAGUCUAGGAAUAGUGUAUAAGAAGCAGUGAGUGAAUGCAGUACUGUAGGCCUACACUUCCAACUGAUCUUCCAACGGAAUACAGGAUGAGUAUGAUGACCGCGGCAUCUUUUCUCUCCGCAGCUCUGCUGUUGCUGCUUCCUGGGAUCCUGACUGAAAAGGCAUAUGGACCAAACCCUAUCAAGUUGACGAUAGUCAACAGCAUCUCCAAUGCACCCAAUGAGACCUACAGUGCUGACGUUGUGUUCAGGGGGAUCCUACUCGGUGCCAUGAGGAGACUGCAGCAGACCAAUUCAGACUUCAAGUUUACCUACACAGAGGACCCCAACUAUGGUCCUUUCCUGGAGAGUGUGAAUGGUGUAGCCGGGGACAAUGCUGAGCACACUUAUUGGGAGCUCCUUGUUCAGACUGGGAAGAGCGGAUCCGUGAUCAGACCUGACGUGGGUAUUGGCUGUUACAUCCCAGAACCAAAUGACCGCAUCAUCCUGAAUUUUACAAAAUGGUGAACAUUCAGAAGCGCCUGACUGAUACUGUUUUAUUUUAAAAAGUGCUGUAAAGCAAUUGAUUAUUUUUGUCAUGAAAGGAAUAACGAUUCCAAUCAUUUGCAGUACACUAUUAGAGAAAAGGGUUCCAAAAGGGUUAUCCAGCUAUUCCCAUAGGGGAACCCUUUUUGGUUCCAGGUAGAACUCUUUUGGGUUCCAGGUAGAACCCUCUGUGGAAAGGUUUUUACAUGGAACCCAGAAGGGUUCUACCUGGAACCAAAUGAGUUCUACCUGGAACAAAAGGGGUUCUUCAAAGGGUUCUCCUAUAUGAACAGCCCAAUAACCCUUUUUGGUUCUAGAUAGCUCUUUUUUUUCUAAGAAUGUAAUGUUAAGCCCGUUUUUAGAAUUGAAAUAGAAAGAGUUUCACCCUGACAUAAUACUGUUAUUGUUGUUUUAAAAGAACAUUUGGAACAGCAAAGAAUGCCCGGCUACAGUUUACAUCCCUCAGCCUAUACCAGGACUAUUGUAACAUUACAUUCUGUGUGUAAUUACUGUGUAAUAGGUUAGUAAAGUACAUGUAGCUAUGGAGUACAAUUUGUGUGUUCACUGAUUUAUAUUUACAUGGGAAACAGAAUUACAGCAAUAAUGGUAUGUGCUAGGGAUUAACACCAGGAUCCCGGGACUGUCCCGGGACUACUUCCGGGUCCAUACAUUUCCCGAAAAAAUGUAAUGACAAAACCCAGGAAAAUACAACAUUUUCCCCCAAUGUCGCACUAAUUGAAUUACACAACAUACGCAGCAGCAGAUUGGCAAAAAAUAAAACGGCACAUUAUCCAAACAUG